AUGCGAGUUCGUUGCCUCUAUCAUGCUCACCUUCUCCUUUAUCCGCCUCUCUCGUCCGUCCCCAUCGCGUACCUGCAGGCACAGGGUGUGGUGUGCGGAGCGCCUGUGUGCGGGCCAGGGGGAAUGACCCACGGCACCAUGCAAGGCAUGCCCUCGUCCAUGGGUGUUCCCGCUCAGGGCUCGGUCGCCAUGGGCGCCGCUCCCGCCGGUGCCAUGCCCGGGACCAUGACCAUGGUGGGAACCGUGAACGGGGCUGUGAACGGGACCAUGGGAGGAACGAUGGGGGGGGCUAUGGGAGGGGCUGUGGGAGGCAUGGCGCCGGCGCCGGCGUGUGAGACACUAGACAUUGCGGACGAGGCGAUGCCGAACCCCAUGUUCCCCCUCCCGGACGACAUCUCUCUGGACUUCGCGGCCAUCACCGCCAGCCUUGGGGAGGACCUCAUUGAGGCCAAUGACAUUCUUGAUGCGGCGAUCAGCGAAGCCCUAACCAAUCCGUCGACACCACUGCCUCUGGGCCUGAAGCCGCCAUCAGUGGAUGGCGUGCUGGAGGAGCUCAACAAGCAGGGCAUCACCAUGCCGCCCGCCACCCCUGAGGCUCUAGAUGCCCUCCCUGCUGCCGAAGUCGCGGCCGUUGCUUCCGAGCUGGAAGCCAUUCUGGAGCCGUAG